AUGUACAACAGUUUCAAGACGUAUUGUUUCUACGAAGCAGUUUUCGGCUUUCUUAUAGAAAUAGCCUGGCAACACUUGGUCUACAUAAGUUUGUAUAGUACUGAUAGUAUGACUUUACGGUAUAAUGACGUACAAAUUACUCUCAAAAUGGCCCCAAAAUCGGCUGAUGCGAAUGGGGUGCUCUUUGAGUCAGAUGCUGCUACGCCUGAUUUGGCCCUCCCCAACCGUCCAAUUGAACAAGCGGACGAUCAGCCGAAGCAACUUGUUUGGAGGAAUAUUAUUUUGUUUGCUUACCUCCAUCUUGCUGCUAUCUAUGGAGGUUAUCUCUUCCUGUUCUCCGCCAAAUGGCAAACGGACAUAUUUGCCUACAUAUUGUACGUGAUGUCGGGGCUGGGUAUCACAGCAGGUGCUCAUAGACUUUGGGCUCAUAAGUCGUAUAAAGCAAAAUGGCCGCUCAGACUCAUACUUGUCAUUUUCAACACAUUGGCUUUCCAGGAUUCCGCGAUAGACUGGGCACGGGAUCACCGCAUGCACCACAAAUACUCUGAAACUGAUGCUGACCCGCACAAUGCAACACGUGGCUUUUUCUUCUCGCACAUCGGAUGGCUUCUAGUGCGCAAACAUCCCGAGCUGAAGAGAAAGGGCAAGGGGCUCGACAUCAGCGAUUUGUACGCCGACCCGAUACUUCGAUUCCAAAAGAAGUACUAUUUGCUAUUGAUGCCGAUCGGGUGCUUCAUCCUGCCUACAGUGAUCCCUGUUUACUGCUGGGGCGAGAGCUGGAUCAACGCGUUUUUUGUCGCAGCGCUAUUCCGUUACGCCUUCAUACUCAACGUGACUUGGCUGGUGAACUCUGCUGCACACAAAUGGGGCGACAAGCCCUACGAUAAGAGCAUUGAGCCCUCCGAAAACAUAUCCGUUUCCAUUUUCGCACUCGGCGAGGGCUUCCACAACUACCACCAUACAUUCCCCUGGGAUUACAAAACCGCCGAACUCGGUAACAACAGGCUAAAUUUCACAACAAACUUCAUCAACUUCUUCGCUAAAAUCGGUUGGGCAUAUGAUCUGAAGACUGUAUCCGAUGAGAUAGUCCGCAAUAGAGUAAAGCGCACUGGUGAUGGGUCACAUCACCUUUGGGGCUGGGGUGACAAGGAUCACUCCAAGGACGAGAUGGAUGCUGCUAUUAGAAUUAACCCUAAGGAUGAUUAG